AUGGCUUUUCCAACGGGAAUAGUACUGCUCGUGGUCGUAUGCCUUUUGUUUGGUUUGACGUCGGCCGGCUUCAUGUCUGCAUGGAGUCCGAAUGGCAAGGGACCCCAGCUGAUCUUACAGGACGGCAUCUCUGGGAAGAUAUUCUACAGCUUGUGCAAUAACUAUGAUAGCGACACCCCUAUCUUUCCAAAUAGUGAGUCUGCGGCGUUUGCGAUUGAUCCCAAUUUGGCCCCCAAAAAAGGCACAGCUGUGGCGGGCGUAGGAUGGUGGGCAGAACCAAAUACUCAGACCGGUUUGAUGCUUGUUGUUCUUGGAGAGAAGGCAGGCUACAGAUUAUAUUACCAUGAUAAAGACCGCGCCACGGCAGCUUUGAAGUUUGACCCAGACACGAGCGCCUGGUCGUACCUGGGGAUUGUGAGCAACGACCACAUUGAAGGAAACGCAAUAGGUGGAGGAUUUGUGGAUGCCGACAACAUCACUGUAGUAACACCCCGAGACAAACAAAAUAUUGAGAUCUCAUCCCGACAUGGAAACGGAACUUGGGACAUUGCGACGUUUCCUCACCCCCUGAGUCCGAUUGUCACCCACAGAGAUCGCGCGAAUGGCACAGUGACGUUAUCCUGUCCAAAUAAUGGAACGAACCAGACCGAGUUUACCCUUGAUGAGAACGUGAAUGACACAUGGACCCUGGAAGCAUACGAUGGCAACCCGGGAGCCUUGGGGUUCACGCUUGAUCAGGAUUCGGCCGCAAAUCUAUGGUACAUUGGCAAUGACUCGCAGCUGCACCAGAUCCACCGAACUGCAGGAAGAUGGCGGCCUGCGAGCAACCAGGAUCCGAGCAUAUGGCCACGCGCAGAUGCCCCGAACGCGCAGUUCGCGACGGCGUCCGACAACUCGGGGCGCGUGUGGCUCUACUAUGUGAGCGGCGGUAAUAUGACGCAGGUGUACCGAUCGUCCAGAGACAUGUGGGAACUUCCCACGGUGCUGCAGACCGUCAACGACACAGCAAUUGCAUCGAAUGCGGAGGCACAGAAUCCUACCGGACUGUCCACGGGCGCCAAGGCUGGGAUCGGUGUAGGGGUCGGGGUUGGAGGUAUCGCCAUCUUGGGCAUAGGUGCCCUGACACUGAUGCGCGCGCGUAGGAAGCCAAGAGCCACAGAGCUACAUAUGACACACCCUCCGUCGGCUCUCGCCUCUCCAGCCCCGGACUACAGCGAGGUGGGGACAGGGGGAAGAUGGAUUGGCGGGCAGUGGGUACCGGACGAGGGAAUGUCGAAAGAGCAGCAGGAGCCCGUACAUGAAUUGCCUCACGAGGAACGCAGUCACGAAAUGCUGGGAGAAGGCCACGCACGGGAACUGGGCACUUCCAGAUUGUGA